AGAGUAACAGAGGGAGAAGCUCACAAGAAUAGAGAGUGAGGGAAACAAUGGCGAUUCCAAAGGAGGCGGUGACAGUUACAGGAGCUAAUGACUUCAUAGGAACGUGGUUGGUGCGGACGCUAUUGGAGAGCGGCUACACCACCAUCCACGCUUCGAUCUUCCCCGGCUCCGACGCUUCUCACCUCUUCAAUCUCCCCGGGGCCAAAAACCCCGGCGUGCGACUGGAGGUGUAUGAUGCGGACGUGAUGGACUUCGACGCCUUGCGGAGGGCGGUGGAGGGGACUUCCGGGGUAUUCCACGUGGCUUCCCCUUGCACCCUGGAGGAUACCAAGGACCCGACGAAGGAGCUUGUGGAGCCGGCGGUGAUGGGUACGCUUAAUGUGCUGGAAGCUGCUAGGCAGGCCAAUGUGAGGCGUGUGGUUCUUACUUCUUCAAUAUCGGCAAUGGUUCCCAAUCCAGGUUGGCCUCAAAACAAGGUCUUUGACGAAUCGUCCUGGACCGACCUUGAUUACUGCAAGUCUCGUCAGAAAUGGUACCCAGUAGCAAAGACAUUAGCGGAGCAAGAGGCAUCCAAAUUUGCGAAGACACAUGGUAUGGAUGUGGUGGCAAUCCACCCAGCAACUUGUCUUGGCAAGCUCCUGCAACCUGGCCUGAACGCGAGCUGUGCUGUGUUGCAGCAGCUGUUGCAGGGUUCAAAAGAUACUCAGGAGUAUCACUGGCUGGGAGCCGUGCAUGUGAAAGAUGUCGCAAAGGCACAAGUCUUGAUUUUUGAGACUUCUUCUUCCUCUGGAAGAUACCUUUGCACAAACGGAAUCUAUCAGUUUGCUGAUUUUGCUGGCAAGGUCUCUGAGCUCUUCCCCGAGUUUCCAGUGCACAGGUUUAUUGGGGAAACUCAGCCUGGCCUGAUCUCUUGCAAAGAUGCAGCCAAGAGAUUAAUCAAUCUAGGGUUAGUCUUCACUCCAGUCGAAGAUGCUGUUCGAGAAACAGUAGAGAGCCUAAAAGCCAAGGGAUUUUUGAGGCAGGAAAUGCCACAAUGAUAGUACCUUUCAAAGAUAAAAGCUUUCAUGUUCAUUCUCUUACCUUUUUUAGUGACUUGUCAAUAAUAAUGGGAAUAAGAAGACUCUUUUUCUUUCAGAUUAUCUAUUAUCGACCUUUCAUCAUUGUAUUUUUUCUUAUCUUCCGAAAGCAACUUUAAUCGUUACUCUUGACAUCAUUCCCAUUCACUGAACCUUGUACCUUUUUUCCUGA